CUGACUUUCAUCCGCUAGGCAACCUUCUACACCCAGCUGAUGGACCCAGGAUCAAACUCCACGGGCGGCAGGAAUGAAGAAGAGCUACGCUAUGAGAAACGCGCGAAACUGCGAGAUCUCAAUCUCUCGCCACCAGAACCGCCGAAGAAUCUGGACUCCUCCUUGAAGCGGCAUACGGCUCUAAUGAAGCGUAUACGUCUCUCUAUAGGAACCGACAAUCGCGAUCAAGUCCUUAAGGACAUUGAAUCCUUGUCGCUCGAGAAGUAUGUGGAUGAAAUUCCAGGGGCGAUCAUGGAGGGUAUAUCUCGAUGCAAGACGGAGAAGGAUGUUUGGAGCGCAGUCGAGAUAAUAUCGGCCAUGCACAGGCGUUUCCCGACCAUGUUCACGCCCUCGAUCCUCUCUGCUCUUUCUGCGGCGCUGGCACCCCCAAACCGCGCGACUAUGACUUCACUUCUGCCUGAACAACGAGAGAAAGACGAUGCAGCACGCAUUUCAAAGCAACGACCCGUGCUGCGCGUCUGCUCUGAACUCGCGCUCGUCGGCAUCAUAAAGAGCGCUGAGUGGAUCAUGAAGGCUAUCAAGGAAUUGCUGUCGAAUGAUCCUACAUUGUCUUCUCUCCCAUUGCUCACUACCUUCCUGAAAUCUUAUUCCCGACCAUAUCUUGGGAUAGUCCCUCCAGCCAAUGUAGCCAAGCAGAUUUCCUCGGCUUCAGAGCCAGGCACCAUGUCGGCAGAGAGCAGUAAUGGUGACGCCGCGGGUGCAUUCCCGACGCUGUUCAACGAGGAACGCGAACUAGUGAGCAAGGAUGUUCGCGAUAGAUUCAAGCGUAUGUGUGAAGGCUACUUCGAGAACGUGUCCAAAAAGUUGGUCAUUGAGCACAAGCGACUUCAAGAGCAAGACCGUCGGAAUCACGAAGCCUAUAUUCGAUCCGGUGAGAUAUUUGAGGAUCGGCAACAGGCGUACGAGAAGAUGACCAGAAGCUACGAAAAGCUUCUCGCGAGCUGCCAAACUUUAUCCGAAUCGCUCUACUUGCCUAUGCCCGAGCUACCGACGGCGUCACAGAAAGCCGACUCUAUCCUUAUCGGUUCCAACACGAACUCACUUAUAGGUGGCGAUGGCGAGGAGGUGAUCAUGCCUGCGGGAGCAAAGUGGGAGGACGAGGAAGAACGACGGUUCUUUGAAGAUAUUCAGGACCUCAAGGACUUCGUACCUCGCGGAGUUCUUGGCAUUGAAGAGGACGUCGAGGUUUCACACACCGAUGAAGAGAAGGAGAAAAGCGAUAAAGCGAGGAUGGAAGAGGAAGCUCGAAAGAUAGAUGAAGAGCUGGAGGUUCUUGGUCGGCGUGAGAAUGAGCAGAAUGGAGUCCCCCUAACGAGCGCGGAUGCUGAGGCGGAACCUCACAUCAACGGCGCUGAGGAGUACGCAGAUGAUGAAGAUGCCUCUACUCUUGUACCCGGGACCCCGAAGACAGCAUCUCCACCUGGGACGCCACAGCUGGCCCCGCAAGGACCGUCGCAGCUUCUCACCGCUCUGCUGGCCCGUCUACCGGAUUGCACCAAUCGGGCUAUGAUUGACCAAGCUGCGAUUGACUUCGCGUUUUUAAACUCGAAGGCUGCCAGGAAGAGACUUGUCAGGUUCCUCAGCCAAACCCCAAAGAAUAGGAUAGACCUCCUGCCGCACUACUCAAGGUUGGUCGCAACGCUACAUAAAUAUAUGCCUGAUCUGGGUUCUGAAGUCGUGGCCGUCCUCGAUGAAGAAUUUCGCUACUUGCAGCGCAAGAAGAAGGUCGUAAAGGAGCUUGCUGAAGUCAGACUCAAGAACAUUACAUUCAUCUCGAAUUUGACGAAGUUUCGAGUGGUACCGCCACAUGUCAUCCUUCAUAUGUUCAAAGUUUGCUUGGACGACUUUUCGGGCACCAACGUGGACAACCUUGCGUUACUCCUCGAAGGUUGCGGCCGAUUUUUGCUCAGAAGCGAUGACACACGAGAACGUUUUGCCAAGAUGCUUGAGCUUAUGCGGCGCAAGCAAAGCAUGCAGCAUUUCGAUCAGCGCCAAAUCAUGAUGCUUGAAAAUGCGUAUUAUCAGUGCAAUCCCCCUGAGCGUGCGCCUCGCGAAAUGAAGCAACGGACACCCAUGGAAUUGUUCAUCCGGCAUCUCAUCUAUGAUGUCCUGGCAAAGAAAACAAUCGACAAGGUGCUCAAGCUCAUCCGCAAACUCGAUUGGGACGAUGCCUCGGUAGCCCGUACACUCCACAAGGUAUUCACUAAGCCAUGGAAGAUCAAGUACUCGAAUAUCAGUCUCCUCGCAAUGCUUACUUACGACUUACAACGAUAUCACCCUGCGUUCACCGUCGCCGUAGUAGAUCAAGUACUCGAAGAUAUCAGGAUAGGUCUGGAGCACAAUGUCUACAACACAAAUCAACGCCGCUUAGCAACUAUGAAGUAUCUUGGCGAACUGUACAUCUAUCGUCUCUUCGGCUCGGGAAUCAUAUUCGACACGCUGUGGUCGUUAGUCACAUUCGGUCAUCCGGAGAACCGGCCUUUGCCCAAACAACCUUGCGCGCUGGACAUGCCAGACGACUUCUUCCGGAUAAGGCUGGUUUGUGUACUCCUGGACACGUGUGGGAUGUGCUUCGACAACGGAUCACAGCGCAAGAAGCUGGACAAUUUCCUCGUUUUCUUCAACUAUUAUGUUUUAUGCAAGGAUCCUAUCCCCAUGGAUGUGGAGUUCAUGCUUUCAGAUUCGUUGGAGGCUGUACGACCCAAGCUCGUUAUACCCAAAUCGAUUGAAGAAGCUGCCAAUGCCGUGGAUGACAUGCUUAAUGCGGCCUUGCAAACCGCCGGCAUCACUGCUGGCGACGACUCCGAUGACGACAGCGGUAACGAGCAAGAGGACGGCGAGGGACGGCCAGAUGUCGAAGACGAUGAGGAGGCGGAUGGAGAUGGCGCUGAUUCUCCGGUCGAGGACAGAGCUCCAUCCCCUGACGAAGUCGUCGUGUUGACGUCGCAAAGUAAUGAGAACCUUGGACCCUCUGAGGACGACAUGACGGAGUUUGAAAGGGAGUUUGCCAAGAUGAUCACAGACUCCACCGAGUCUCGCAAGGUCGACAAGAAGACAGCACUUGCGCUGUGGGACGCUACCGUCUUGCCAGCACCCAAGAAAAAACGAGCAGAUGAAGAUGAGGAAGAUGCAGUUGAGCACCACGGCGAAGCCUCGCGCGACGUGAUGAAUUUCACCCUAGUGACGAAACGUGGCAACAAGCAGCAGGUUCGGCCGUUGGCUAUCCCUGCUGCAUCCGCGCUGGCAGCGCAUACACGGGACGCUCAGCAACGGGACAGAGAGGAACAACAACACCUCAAACAACUUGUUCUUAAUUAUGAACAACGCGAGGAGGCAGAGGAGUUGAAAGCUCUUGAAACUCGCAAUCGGUACGCUGCUGUGAAGGUCCGAUACGUUGGCUAGCACCCGCUGCCUGUUCGCACUUCAAGAUCAUCCUGCCUAUCUGCACACCCGAUGUCACGGCAUUCAGGCUCGGCCUUGGGUCGCAAGCUGGCCCGACACAACGCUCGACGCCUAUGGCUGGCAGCAGCUCUUGCUGCCACCAAAUACUUCAGCGGUGCCCGUCAAGACAGUGCAAAUCGUCUCCUGAUGCAGUACCGAAGACUACUCUAAGGCUGGCGUCUCCCUUUGCGAGAAUGGACGCUCCAGCAGCGAUGGGAACUGAUGGUCAUAAUGCAUCGACUAUAUCCACACGCGAUCCAG